AUGUGGAGGUUUGUUAGGUAUGACUCAUAUACCAUAAAUGAGACAGAUGCUGGAGUGGAGCAGAGCGGAGCCCACGAGCGGAGUGGAGCGGAAGGAUCUGUCCAAUUGGGGGAGUCUCAUUAUGUGGGUUGCAGCUCAUCAUCCAACCGCUCUACCUCCUUCCCACCACAACUCGAUCCCCGAGUAUGCCUUGUCUCCUUCCUCCUUAGCUCCCCUGUGAAAUCCCGUAUACUAAAAAAGCCACCUUUGUCCGACACGCCCGCCGCCGAUCUCGACUCCAUAGCUCGCACCCUCACCGCCGACACUCUCCCUCUCUUCAUCUCCGCCGUCGCCGAAACUCGCUCCACCGAUAAAACCCCUCUCCGCCGCCACUCCCUCCGGCUCCUCUCACUCCUCGCUCAUUCCCUCCCUCCCUCCUUACUCUCCCCCCAUCUCCCCCGCAUCCUCUCCGCCGCUCUCCGCCGCCUCCGCGAUCCAGAUUCCUCGGUUCGAAUCGCUCUGAUCGACGCCGUUCGCUCCCUCGCCUCUGCAUCGCCGUCCUCCGUUCUAAUCCCCUCCAUUCUCCGCCCACUUGCCGACGCUCUUCUUCACUAUCAGGAUCUUAAUCCUCAAAUCCAAUCCGCAGCUGCUUACUCCCUCGCCGCAGCAUUGGAUGAAACCGCCCCGGCGAAUAAUGAUGUAACUGCGUAUAUCCAUCGUCUUCUUCCUCGCUUGGUGAAGCUGGUUAGAAGCCCUGCUUUCAGAGCGAAGCCCGCACUUCUGACGCUGCUCGGCAGCGCGGUCGCCGGCGGCGGAGCCUCCGCCGCGCUUCAAUCCCUCCUUCCCUGUCUCGUGGAGUUUCUCGCGAGCGAGCACUGGGCUGCCCGAAAAGCGGCGGUCGAAGCGCUCACUCGCCUCGCUGUUGCAGAAAAAGAUCGCCUUGCAGGGUUCAAGUCCUCUUACCUUGUUUCAUUUGAAGCCCGGCGUUAUGAUAAGGUGAAGAUUGUGAGGGAUUCGAUAAACCGGAUGAUGGAGGUGUGGAAGGAAAUCCCUGACGGGGAUCCGAAUCCAUCUGAAUUGCAGUUAAAUUCUCUCAAAGAGAAUGCAAAUGAUGUUAGAAUUCCCACAAGCAGGGAACGAUGCAGCAGAUCACCUCCUCCUACUGCAACUCCAAUUCCUUCUUCUGCAAAGAAUGCUGUUCGUUUAAGCAGUGACCUGAAGCUAAAUUCGGCUCUGUUAAGGAGGAUGAAUCAAGCGAAGAAGAAUUCAGAUUGGAGGAUUGAGAUCUCUGUUCUACCUGAUGAAGGAAUCAAGGAGAUCAAUGGCGGGAAGCUUGGGGAGCAAGGAAGAGCUGAUGGAGAUGGCAAUGGAAGAUCUAAGCUGGAAACCAGAAGAGUGCUUUUUGAGAGGAACUGUGAGGAGAAGAAGAUGGAUGGGAUGAAGUCUGGGAUUAGAGUGAUGCCAUUGCAGGAGAAUGGGAGCUCGGAAAUGAGUUGUGAAACUGGUGAUGAGCUGAUGGCAGAACAGAAGGAGAGUGAUUUGUUUUUGAUUCGGAUGCAGCUAGUUCAGAUCGAGAAGCAGCAGUCCAGCCUACUAGAUCUUCUCCAGGACUUCAUUGGCCGCUCACAAAAGGGCAUAAACUCGCUCGAAGCAAGGAUCAACCACCUCGAAGCGACACUCAACGAAAUCUCUCAUGACUUCGCCGUGUCAUCGGCGGCGUCGAAUGGCUGCCGUGCAUCAAAAACAUGUUGCACGUUGCUGGGUGCAGAAUUCCUCAGUUCAAAAUUCUGGAGGAGGAGGGACUGCAGAUAUGAUCCCAGAUUUCUUGCUGAUAUAAAUGAUUUGGAUGACAGACAAAAAAUGAAAUUUACAAACCCCAUUGCAGAAAUCAAUCCUUGUUCAAGAGGAAAUUUACGGUUUGGUCCAAAAGGAUUGCAGGAAAUUGUAAAUGGUGAUGGUGGAAGCAAGCAUGAGGAAGGGGGGCUAGGUCUAAGUCUGUAUAUAUGUGAGAGGCUGCAAGUCUCAAGAGAAAGAACGUGGACUUCUACAAAGAGUUAUAAAGAGAAUAUUUCAGCAGGUCUUGGCUUAUUAAUCUGUACGUAGGAAGUAUUAUCAUUUGUUUGCAUAUUUAUAGUGGUAUUUGGAUCUUAUCUUGAAAAUGAUCCCUUCUUGUAAAAUAUAUUUCAUUAAUGUUUGAUUUUAGGGGCAGUUAAUUACUU